AUGUACACUGCAAGUGUUUCUUCCCACGUUUCAUCUGCAGCUACACCAUCUCUUGCUCACAAUAGCCACCAUGUCUCCUCUGCUCCUACUCCAUCUUCUGCUGCUACUGGUCACCAAGUCUCCUCUACUCCUACACAGACAUCUGCUGCUGCUGGUCAUCAUGUUUCCUCUUCUGCCAAUAGCCGUGACGUCACAUUUGCUGCUACACCAUCUUCUACUGUCAAUAAUCGCCAUGUCUCAUCUUCUGUUGCCCCACCUUCUGUUGCCUAUGCUAACCAUGUCUAUUUCAAAAAGCUUAACCGUAGGUUCAAGCGUAAAGUCCUACAAUUAUUGAAAGAUGCACCAAAAUAUGAUCUAUCUGAAAUCUGUAGUGAUUAUGGCAGAUUUGCCAUAUUCCAAAAUCCUGUGAACUUUGAAGUAUCUUUUUGUCAUCCUCAUACUUCGUUUGAAUCUGAUCUUUGUGACAAUAUUUACACUGAGUUGAAUAAUGUAUUCAGGGAAAAGAUCACCGAAGCCAUAACUGUUGACUCAGCAUUCGACUUGAGGACCCAUUGUAGAUAUUAUCUUAAGUAUCACAAAGGUAUAGAAAACGACAAAAAGGUAAAAGAAAGUAAGGCACUAAUUAAUUGUACUUCUAAUUCUUUACAUUCAAACUUCUCUGACAAUUCGUCAAGUGAAGAUCAGAUUAACUGUACAAUUCCAACAUUCAGGAAAGUAACCGUUAAUGAAAUUAUCAAAAAGUACGGUGAAGGUGGAUUGACUGAUAAAGCACUAUUAAAAUCUUUACAACUUCGUGAGUCUGAAGAUUUAGUGCAAGAGCAACAAGGUCGUAACCACCGCAACCAUCACCGCCAUCAAGUGCAACAACAGGAGAUUAGCAGCAACAAUCACCGUCACCACCACAAUCGUCGCAAUCAUGCGAACAGAAACAACCGCGAGGACCUUUCUAGACACAGACACGAACACCACUGUGACAUAGAAGAAGGUCUCGAAUAUACCAGUAUCGAUUCAACCGAGAAUCCGGAUCCGCCAUUGACUGGGGCUAUCUUGGAAUUUUAUUCUCGGGUAACAGGCUGCUUGACUAACUGA